AUGGAGGCCUUAGAAGAAGUUGAACUCUGCUUUCCACAGCUCCACAACGCCUCCUGCAAGAAGACAAAGCGUCCUCACUUUGAGGCCAUUAUGACUUACAUUAUACUGUCCUCCAUCUCUCUGCUCACCGCAACUCUUAACCUGCUGGUCAUCAUCUCCAUCUCACACUUCAAGCAGCUCCACACCCCCACCAACUUCCUCCUUCUCUCUCUGGCUGUCUCAGAUUUCUUCGUGGGCCUCCUAAUGUUUUUUCAAAUUGUGCUCAUAGAUGGCUGCUGGUUCCUCGGUGAUAUCAUGUGUGUUGUGUAUCUGUGUGUAGCAUAUAUUAUCACCGCUGCCUCAGUAGGAACCAUGGUAUUAAUAUCUGUUGACCGUUAUGUGGCUAUUUGUGAUCCUCUGCAUUACUCCACCAAAGUCACUCAAGAAAGAGUUCAAGUCUGUGUUUGUCUGUGUUGGAUAGGUUCUUUAGUCUUUCAAAGUCUGAUGGUGAAGGAAAAUCUGGAAAGCCCAGGCAGGUAUAUUUCUUGCUCUGGUGAGUGUGUAGUUGUUGGUAACUAUAUUGCUGUAUUCGCUGACCUGGGUUUGUCCUUUCUUGCUCCUGUCAUCACCAUCAUAGCUCUUUAUACGAGAGUAUUUGCGACGGCUGUGUCUCAGGCUCAUGCCAUGCGCUCUCACAAAGUAGCUGUCACACUUCAGGGUUCAGUGACUGUAACUGUUCAGAAAUCUGAGCUGAAAGCAGCAAGAACUCUUGGUAUUGUAGUAGUUACGUUUAUGAUAUGUCUCUGCCCAUAUUACUUUUAUGUCAUUGUCCUUACAGCCAAGGACAUCUUGCUCAGUGCUAAAUCUGCUGCCUUUGUGAUAUGUCUGUUCUAUUUUAAUUCCUUUCUAAACCCUCUGAUCUAUGCGUUUUUCUACCCCUGGUUCAGAAAAUGUCUUAGGCUCAUUGUUACAUUUCAGAUACUGCAGUCUCACUCUUGUGAGGCUAACAUACUGUAG